CUGAUACUUCAUUACCAUCAUCAAUAAAAUUGAAUGAUAAUGAAGGAAAGAAACAAAGCAAAGUGACUGAUAACUCAACAUUAAAUGAAAAACAACACCAUGUUCAUUAA